UUGGUGGUUAGCUGUGUUGUUGGCCGUGAUUACAUUGCUUUCAUUCGUUUCACUGAUUGGAAGUGCAAUGAUUUAUCGUGUUACGAAUCGGCCACUUCGCUGUAUAUCGUGGAAGACAAUCAGAACGGCGAUGAUUACAGCCAGGAGAAACGCUGGCCAAGCCUGUGUGGUGUUGCACUGUAUAAAGGCGCUGUUGUUUCGAUCGACGAGAUCACGUAUCCACGAAAAACGAAAGAAUUGACUCGAACUGCUAAGCUGGAAAUGAGGAUUAUGCGUCAGUUGCAUCAUGAUAAUGUAAAUUCAUUCAUGGGUGAGUUAAAUUCGGAAAAUUCAGCUUUUUCGUGA